UCAAAUUCCUCAACAUGUCUUAGAAUGCGCAUAUUGUAUCCCGUCAGGUCCGUCCUCAAUAUGGGAAGCCACGAGCGAUCUCGGUCACCAGCAAGCAAUGAAAGACCCUCAAAAACAAGAAGGGCAAACCGAGCAUGUCUCCAGUGUCGCAGCAGGAAGCAACGUUGCCUCCCUCAAGCAGACGAAACGCAGGCUCCUUGCCAGCGAUGCAGCCAGCUUGGCGCUUCAUGUUCUUUCGAGAUCGUUAGUUUGACCGAGAACGAAGACAAGCCUACACCUUCGCAGAUGGCUGAAAUUGUUGUGAAUCUACAAAAGAGACUACUGGUCGUCGAAGAGAGGGUGCGCAGCCUGCAAACAGGGGGCGCCCCGACGAAUGACGGGAUCGGUCUCGUUGCGAAUGUAAGGGUGUCCCAGGAACCGCAUCUUGAACCAGAUAGGAUGAUGGUCCAACAUGCUAGCACAUCUGGCCCAUCCAUAUCACGGGCCCAACCAUCGACUCUGCACUCUCACAAUUCGCACGCCAUUAGCCCCUCCUACUCAUCUUAUCAUCGCGACACCGUUCCUAUAUCCUCUCCACAUCAUGACGGACAGCCAGCCGUGUCGAUGUCUACCAUUAAGCUCGGGGCUCCGAUAGCUACCCUCCGUUCGUUGGGGGCUCUUCCCGCCAAUGGGUCAGAGUCGAUGUUGGAUCCUAUAGCGCAGAGCGUGCUGUCAGUAUUGGAUGCUCAACGGGCUAUCAAGAUCUUCUUUGAUCAUUGUCAUUCUUUUGGCCCGGUACUAGACAAAGUUUCGGUCAACGACGGCAUGCGUCUACGGCAUCAGAAUCCUCCGCUGUUCUUGACGAUAUGCACAAUCGGUGCCCGUUACUGGGAUAGUGGAAUAUCACAGGACCAAGGCCCACUGAGAGAGCGCGGCCUCCACCCAUCUUUCCUUGAACUUACAACCCUCCUCGAUAUUACCAUCCAACUCAUCCUCCGCCCAAUGCCCUCUGACGUGACACUUGACUCAAUCAGAGCGCUCUUGUUAUACGCUCAGUGGAUGCCUCCCUCCCGCGAGCAUCUGUUUAGGGCUACAAAAAGGUCCUCUGAAGGAAGUGAGAACCAAAGAGCACCUCGGAGUCGGUACAACGACAUCUCCGCUUGGGCCGUACUAGGCCUCGCCCAGCGGUAUGCCCUCUUCCUCGGACCGGACCGUCUAUCCGUUCUUCGUUUCCAAGACCCCCAUACUGAGAGUAUCACACCGACAGAUAUGGCACGUCUUCGAAUCUGGCACAAUCUCAUCACAUGCGAUUGUAACCUCAUGCUCACUUCUGGCCUUCCUGCUUCUCUCGAUCCAUCAUCGGCUGUCCGAGUGGGUCGGACAUUCAGUGAGCAACAGCUCGCCCAGCUGCCGGAGGACAAGAGGGUGACUGCGUUGGUGGAACUUGUGGGAAUUACGCAUAGGGCGAUGAUGGGUCGAGAGUGGGAUCUUGGCGGAAGGCCGUUGGAUCUGGUGUCGCUGAAGAAGAUCAAUGUAGAGUUUGAUGAUUGGCUCAAUAUAUGGGUCCACCGACUCAAAGAUACGCCACACCAGCAUAACGCCUUGCCUUUCACCUCCGUCCGGUGGUAUCGCUUGUCUCUCAACUCUGCAUCCUUGGGUCCCCUGUUGUCUCCUUCACCGCCCCCAUCGCCUGACCCCUCAGCCCAUUCUCCAUUUCUACAACCUCUCCAUUUCUACAACCUCUCGAGAUAUCACUCACCGCUGCCUCUCAGAUCCUCCUUGCCCUCUCUCACACCACCCCCGCGUAUAUAUGGAGCUUGGCAUCUCAAGAUGUCAACACUUUCCCGGUGGGGCCUUUUGAGAUGAAUGUUGAAGCUGUGGAGAGAUUGAGCUAUGCUGUGGACUAUACGUGGAUUUCGCUAGCUUUCUCUGUGGUGUUCCUGGUUCUCUGUCGAGUGAGAGGAGUCAUCAAUGACGAUCUUUCGAUCACACUUGCAGAGUCCCCGAUUGACAAGCUUGCGUACCCCAUCGUUCACCCAUCAUCCAUCCUCUACCGUCUCGUCCACCUCGCGCAUCAAAUCUUCCUCGGCCUCUGCCAAACUUCCCCUAUCCACCCGGCACAUGAUUACGAGCCAAUAGUGAGCAACGCAGCCGCUCUCGUCAUUCCACUGCUCGACCCGCAACAGGGCACUCUGGGAGAAGGCACCCUGGCAGGGAUGGAAGAUGGACAAGGAGGAGACCAGGGUAAUCUGCAAGGGCUGUUCGAUCUGCUCAGUAGCUCGGGGAUGGACUGGCCUGGUUAUCUGUUUG